AACACAUGGAAAUCAAUCAUUGGCGAUGGAUAUCAGCAAAUAAUUGAUGGAAAACAAGGCUUGUUUUCGGUGUAGGGUACUGCUCUUGUCAAAACGGAUGCCCACGACCGAGCCUGGUUUGAUUUCUGCACAAACAAGAAAGAAGAAGAAAAAAAGAAAACAAGAGUAAACAUUUGCUUUUUCCUUUUGAUUUUCGAUAGCUGCAGUAAAAUUAGCAAAUUGCCUAGUGCAUUCGAAUAAGAAUAAAACCGUCUGUGAAUAAAGAGGCACACCCAGUUCGCACGAAAUAAAAUGUUACGAAAGUCGAGAAUGUAGUGAGAAAUCGGGCAAUUCUAUUGCGAACCGAGAACGACGAUACGAUCGAUUCUGCAGAGGAGGAUCUGAUAUUUAGGUGCAAACGAUCCCGACAUUCGUCCCAUGUAUUUUGCGACAAUCUUUAAAGUGUGUAAAAUGCUUUAUCAAUUGUUUUGGUUCCUUGCGGCGUGUUGCACGUUUGUCGUGAAUACCCUAUGGCUCUGCUGCAACUUUGCCUCCGUCGGUAUACCUUGGCUGAUGUUGCUUCUCUUCUUGGUCUGCAUUGGCUCGAAGUUUGUGAAGCUAAAAUCACCCGCCGACGAUGUGGUGCUGUCUAUGCUAUCCAAAAACGAAAAGGAAAGAGAUGACAAUGAGGCACUGUUCUGGCCAAUCGUCAAUCGGGGUGGGGCAUUCGAUGCGCCGGAAAACUCACUCGCGGCCAUCAAUCAGUGUCUGGCGCAAAGGUGUCAAAAGAUACUGCUCGAUCUCGGCAUUACCAGCGAUGGGAAAGCGAUCAUACUCCACAGAUCGACACUCGAGAAAGCGAACGUAAACGAACCGAUGCAGAAGCUGGAUUAUAGUUUUUUCGACAACUUUAACAUUAGUGAACAUCAUCCGCUGGGCCAACUGUUCCAGCCUGAGAAGGUGCUAACGUUCGAGAAGCUGUUGAAACUGUUGGAAUCCUCCGAGGUGACCGUAUUUCUAUUGGCCUCCCAAAUCAACUCCUCGCUGUUGGAGAUUGUACGCGAAACGGCUUCAAAGUGUCCCAUUUUUACGAAACGGAUCGUUUUCUGUUGCUCUUCACCGUCGGCAAUCUAUCAGCUUCGCCAGCACUGUCCGGAUCUGGUGUGUGGGUUGUGGAUGGAAAGGUCCUGCUUUACCAUACUGCCACGCUAUCUGAAUACCUCUACGAUACUGCUAUCCAUUGUUGGUGCCAUCUAUCGAAACAUUAUAGCACCCGUGAUCGGUGUUAGUCUAGUCUUUAUCCAUAAGGAUGAGUUUAAUGCACAAAUCUCAACACUGUGGAAGAACGUCGGCGUUCGGCCUAUUGUUUACACAAUAAAUUCGCCGAACGAAAAGCGCUACUUUCAGCAGGUGACCAAAACGCUCUAUCUCACGGAUUCGCUCCGCUCCGAACCGCAGCUAAUAUUCAAACCCAAACGAAAGUAAAAUCAUAGUCAUACACGUCGUCACACGACCACUCGAACUCUGUUAUCGAACACUUAAUUUAAGCUAAAUGUAUGUUUUUGUAUUUUGUGUCUUGCGUUAAGCUAUGGAAGGGCUUCCGAUACGAUACGUUGCACGCGCAACGCGUACGUUCUGGAACGCCCCGUUUUAUGUUUAUUAUCGGCUUUAUAACACGUUUGCAAAGCGAAUCGACCCAGUUUAAGGUAGGCAGCAACCGAUGAGGCCUCGUUGGCGUAUUUAUUUAUUCAGUCUCAGGUGUCUGUAUCCUAACGCAACCUCACGGCCAAGUAUUAGCUGGAUAACGGGAUGUGCAGCAUCAUAAUAGUCAAAUGCAUUUCAAGAAUCGAUCUUAGUUUGGUUUUAAGCUCAACUGCGUGACGAUGUGCGCACUCAGAAUCAACACUGUAAUGCCUAUGUUGUCGAAAUAAACUGUACGCGUGCAACGCUACUACGUGGUACGGUACACAGCAUGUGC